AUGAGCCUGAUCGUCCGGCGGGCAUGGCGUCCCACGAGCACGAGACCUCAUCGUGUCGCGACACAACAGCGCUUCAAGACAUUUCAGCGCAGGGUGGACAAGAACAAUGACGUCUACUACACGAUAGCCAAGCGCCGGCCUGUGCAAGAUCCGAAUGCGCCCCCACGCAGCGUGCAGUUCUUCGAGAUGCCCAACCUGCUGCUGGACCUCGACGCGGAGGGAACUCGUAACGUGCGCACUUUUGACGACAAGGACGAGGAGCUGCAAGUGGCCAGAUGGCGCAUCAACCCCAAACGAGAAGAAGUGAAAUUAAAGCUCAAUGAUUUGGAGAGCAAGUUGAUUGAGUCCCGCAAACGAGUGCAAGAUAUCACUUCCAAUCCGUCCAAUAUUUGGAGGCUCAGCUCUCACGAUCUCCUGUCUGCCGCACUCCAUGGGCCACCCAGUAAUGACAGCGCCGCCCCCACAGGGACUCCAUGCCCAGACACCCUUGAAGGCUCACAUUUGAUUGACGCUUUGCGGCGUGAGAACGGCAUCCCGAGCCAUGUAGGCACCUCGGAUGUGCUCCUCUUGGAAUGGAUGCUGUUGCGGCGCAACAGCACCGACAGAGCCAAGAGUAAGCAGGACAUAUCGCUACUCGACUCUUUUCAACUUGUCAAGGCUCUACAAUCCCAAUCCUCCAUUGUCGGCAUACGGCGCCUUUUACGCCACAAUCUAUGGUCGUUUGCAAGUAUGAAAGCAAGCUUUGGCCCCUCAAACAGGAAAGACGGGGCUGCUGCUGACGUUGCUUACGCGAUUCGGGGACGUUGCAUCGAAAUACUGGGCUCGGAGAAAGCGCACCAAAGCCAGUUUAUCAACUGCCUCGCGCUUGUUGGCGGCUUGCUGGAAAGGUUGGCCAAGGAUCGGAUAGACCCUGAUCACCGUUUACAGGGCCUGGCUCUCCGGGCAUCGCCUCUGAGUGGCUCAUAUGUCGUCUUGUCAGAAUGGAUCCGCCGUAUCCAUGCGAGCAGCUCCUGGGGGGAGAGCCCUGAAAUAGUCGAAGAUGCGGCAGCGUGCAUGCAAAGCUGCUCCAAGCUGCUCGCAGCACAGCCAGAGACGAUGGCGAAUCGCCAGUUGCUACUGCAGCUUGUGACGGGACUUGACGAGCACGAGCAACUUGCAGCCGAAUCACUUCGCUCAAUUGUGUUGAAAAGCGUGCGAGAGCAAGGUUCUUCUGUCGUGGCAAAGCAAGCGUGUGACGCGUACGCGAAGCUGCUGGGUGAUCUGGGAGCUGUGCGGACCUUGCUGAAAGAAUCCGAAAUUGGCGAUGGGGCUCUUCGACAGGCUUGCAUUGGUGUUCUGAAGGGUACACCGAAAUACAGUCAGACAUUGAAGACGCAAGGUGUCAAGACGUUGUCGAUCGAAGAGUGUGUUGGUAUGGAUUAUCAAGAUAUCGCAGAGUGA